AUUUCAGCCACAGUAUCUCUAUCUGUCCACUUUGCGCCUGAAGAGAAAUUCUCGAGCUCCGUGGCUCAGUUUCGAGCCAACACUCGACGCGAAAGGUUGCUCUACUAGAACAUUUGCUGGUGCCAAAAAGUCCAUUUUGAAAGUGUUCCCUCUCAACGUUCUUCACUCAACAGACGAGAAUCUAUCACGAGUUAUAUUUUAAUUGAGAGAUAUCAAGAGUGAAGACUCGGAAAUCUCCAUGAAUGGAUAAGUUGAGGGGAUUUUCAUGCAAUUUGUGAAAUCUCGAGAGCAAAAUUGUGUGAAUUCUGACGGGAAUAAUAGUUGAAAAGCGCUUCUUCUCGGGGGGUGAUUUGUGAUCAGUCGAGGAUGACGACAGAUUCCCUGAAAUCCUUCAUUACCCUCCCAACGGAGACAAUCUAUGGGAGGAGGAGAGCCGAAAAUACGAAAUUCAUCCUCUUGUCGAGCUUCGUCCUCAUCUUCAGCAUUGGCAUUUCAUCUUAUGUGAUCUGGUCGUCGUUGCGAAUGGGCGAGUUGAGAGAUGAAGUCCAUCAGCUGCGCGACAAAUUGGAGGACUUGAGAAAACGAAUGGGUCUGGAUUUGUUGGAUGAUUUGCAUGACUUUGAAGUGGCGCACGAAAAUCCGCACCACCACCCAGACGCAUUCCUGGAGGACUUUGACAACUCCGUGGAUGAUUUCGACGAUGGUGACUAUGGAUUCGAUGACCUGACAAUGGAGGAGGACGAGGAGGAUGAGGAUGAGGACGACACAGAGGACAGGAAGGAGGGAAGUGGAAUCUUCAAGAUGUUCCCAGACGAUGAGGAGUACGACAGCAUCUACGAUGAAAUAAAAAAGAGUCGAAAGCCACGCGCGAUUCCUCCCCACGAGGGUGUCCCCGUAGUCGAGGAGUCAUACGCAGUGCGACGUAACAAGACCAACACUCCGGCCGAUGACAUGGUCGUGAAUGUCCUUCUCAAUCGAAAUGCGAGCCCCAAACUCAAGUACGAUUGGGGUCAGAAGCCCUGGAUUGGCAGUGAGAGGAGACCUCAGAAUGCGGUCCACCGUAGGCCCCCGAGGAGGUAUCAAUCGUUCAAUGCUGCCCCAACACAAUUCGUGGACAAGGAUGUCACCCUCACAAUCAGGGAGUCGGACGGAAAGCCGCACAAUGCUCUCCACAUUCGCCAUCGAAACCACCAUCCCAACAUGCAGCCAAAUCUACAGGAACAUGUGGCUGCAGCGACGCAGUUUGUCAAUCGACGUGACAUGAAUAUUCGCAAUUUCGCCCCCGGAGAUAGUGCAGAGCGUAAGAAGAAGAAUCACCAUGCCAAUAAAUCUCGCACAAUUGCCAUUCAUUAUGUUGGAGAUGAGAAUAAGUAUUUCCUGGAAAGUGCUCAACACAGCCGAGUCAAUGCGAGGCUGAGUCACUAUGGCCAAGUGUACAAAUAUUGGACCCCGUCGACAUGGGCGAGCAAUAUGGGAAUGGAGAAUUUCUUCAGCAUGCAAAAUGGAGUUGUAACAGUGAAAGAGGGUGGCUUAUAUCUCAUCUACGCACAGAUUUACUACGACGACGUUCGUGAUCGGAAUAGUUUCACGGUGAAGCACAACGGAAACACUUUCUUGCACUGCGAGGCAAUGACAUACAGCGAGAGGAGCGUGAAUAAGACCAAUACUUGCUACACGAGCGGAGUGGCACUCUUGAAGCCUGACGAUCAAAUCACUGUUAAGGACACGGAGCACCACAGAUUCGUUCUGUUCCACCCACACACGAGCUUCUUCGGUCUCGUGAAGCUGGGCGACGUGAGAGUUCCCGGUCAUGUUGGUGGGAUUCAUCAUCAAGUCAGCAAUGACGACAUCCGCGGGACUCGCUUGUGAGCUGCUGAAGUAGUGGAUUAAGAUGAAAAUGAACAAUCCACCGAAGAGCUCGCGAUGCGAUGGUAGAAUCUCCGGGUGAGGAGAGAUAUUCACUGAAUUCUCAUGCAAUUCCGUGCCAUAUAAUUUUGAUUAUAGCUGGUGGAAACGAUGACGUAUUAACUGUGAAAUGGAGUAUAUCGAAGGUUCUUUCUUUGCUCUGUUCUUAUUGCUAAAAUGCCGAAGAAUAUAUCUCGUGUCAAGGUGAAGAAUAUAUCUUGUAUUACUACUAAACUAGAUUGUAGUCCAAAUCAGAGUUACUCAAAUAUUUAUACUGUAGGGGAUUAGUGAAGUAUGAUUUCUUUUUAUACAUAAUAAUGCCAAAAAUGUAUCAUGUUUAUCUCAAUAUCAUACAAUAUUAUUUAUAAAAUCAAACACGAGUAGCGAAAAAAUUGUAUCAACGUGUCAAACAACUGUAUAAGAUGAUUUGUUGUUGAACAUAAUGCAUGUUACAUGGAAAUAUAAUCGAAUUAGAGUCCAAAAAA